GGAGCAUGCCUGAAUGUCCAGGGAUAGGGAGAGAUUUGAUUUUGAUGAGAUAGGGAAGAAGCUGAAGAGAGAAAUAGAUGCUUCUAAUUCUUCUUCUGCUCAUCUCCAUCAUCAGAUGGGAAGAAGACACAUGUUGGGUCCUCCCGGAACCCUAAACACGAUCACGCCUUGUGCAGCCUGCAAGCUCUUGAGAAGAAGAUGCGCACAAGAAUGCCCCUUCUCUCCCUACUUCUCUCCCCACGAACCCCAGAAGUUCGCCUCCGUCCACAAAGUGUUCGGCGCCAGCAACGUUUCCAAGAUGCUUAUGGAGGUGCCGGAGAGCCAAAGAGCAGACGCAGCUAAUAGUCUUGUGUAUGAGGCCAACGUGAGGCUAAGAGAUCCGGUGUACGGUUGCAUGGGAGCGAUUUCGGCUUUGCAGCAGCAAGUUCAGUCGUUACAAGCGGAGCUCAAUACUGUGAGGGGUGAAAUACUCAAGUUCAAAUACAGGGAAGCAAAUCUAAUGGAUCCUUCAUCUCAUCAUCAUCAAGUGGCAGCUUUGUUCUCUACUACUACUACUUCCGGAGGAGCUGUUUCGGUUGCUUCCCUCCCACCGUCCACACAGCCACCUCCGCCGCCGCCGCCUCCUCCUCUCCCUCCUACUUCCUCCUCCUCAUCUAUGUACACUCAACCCAACAGCGCCACCGACUAUAGCACCCUUUCAAGUGAAAAUGUUUCCUAUUUUGGUUAA